CAUUCCAAUAAUUUACAAUUAAAAUUAAAUAAAUUACUUUUGACUUUUAAGUCAAGAAGACACUGUCAUUACCAAGGUCAAGUCAGAGGAUACCCUAAUUCUUGGGCAGCUAUUAGUACUUGUAAGGGAAUAAGUGGUAUGGUAUUUGAUGGCAAUGAAACAUAUUAUGUUCAUCCUGUUAAUGACAGCAGUCAUCUUUUAUUAAAAGCAUCUGAUUGGAAAUCAAAAAAUCUUACAUGUGGUUAUAAUGUAUCUUAUGAUGAUAAAUUAAGAUCUCAAAUAUUGGAUGGAUUAAAUAGACGUCGAAGAUCAACAGUUUUGCAGCCUCCACCUGGCUCUGAUAGUAAUUCUAGAUAUGUUGAACUUAUUCUUGUAAAUGAUUUUAAAGAAGUGAGUUAUAAUGUAUCUUAUGAUGAUAAAUUAAGAUCUCAAAUAUUGGAUGGAUUAAAUAGACGUCGAAGAUCAACAGUUUUGCAGCCUCCACCUGGCUCUGAUAGUAAUUCUAGAUAUGUUGAACUUAUUCUUGUAAAUGAUUUUAAAGAAUACAAGGAAUUAAAAGAAGAUGUUAACAGUGUAUUUGAAAGAAGCAAAGAGAUAGCAAAUAUUCUGAAUGGUUUAUAUACUCCAUUAAACAUCUACAUAGCAUUAGUUGGUGUCAUUACUUGGACAGAAAAAGAUCCCAUUAGCAUGUCGCCUGAUGGAGAUGCAACAUUAACAAAUUUUCUACAUUAUCGUCGUGAACGACUAGCAAGAGAACAUCCAAAUGAUAAUGCUCAAUUGAUAACGGCAAUGACAUUUGAUGGAGGAGUUGUUGGAAAAGCAUUAAAGGGACCAAUCUGUACUUAUGAAUAUUCUGGAGGAGUAAAUAUGACAUGCAAUAGCAAUUACAAUUGCCAUUGUGAAUUUGGAUAUGCCCCACCUGUUUGUGACUCUCCAGGACUUGGAGGAAGUAUAGAUAGUGGUCCUCCUUCAGAUCCAAAUGCUGGCCAGAGUUUCUUUAUUGCAAUGCUUAUUAUAUUUCUUGGUAUAAUACCAUUUGUGGCAGUUGUUGCAUAUGUUGUCUAUCAUUAUCAUCAUCAUUUAAAAAAUUGGUGGUUUAUGAAAUUUCAGAAGCCAACUGUAAAUGAAACAACAAAUAAACCACCACCAAAGAAAUUUAAUUAUCCUCAUGGAACAAUAACAAAAUUGGAAAUAUCUGCACCAUUCCUUCAGCAUGGUCCUAAUGAUCCAAUUGUGACAGUUCCUUUAGAGACAGCUCAGAAACAGAUGCAGAAUGGUCACCUGAUAUCAAAUAGUGCUACCAUUUCUCAAGAUGCACCUGUUAGUCUGGCACCUACUAGACCAGCUCCUAGACCACCAGCCACCGUUCAGAGAUCACAAUCUAUGGCUGGCACAUCAUCCACAAGAAGAAUGUCUCGUCCUCUGAGUGAUGCUUCAUAUGGUAAACGUAACUUGCCUCCUCCUCCUCGUCCUCCGCCACCAAAGCAUGUAAAAGCAGGCAUUCGCCCACAGUCUUUCAGUGCUGGAAGUAAUAAUAAUACGCAAAGACUGUCGAAUGUUAAUACGCAAGAACUUCCACCAAAAGUUAAAUCCACAUCGACGCAGGGUCAAACCAAAAAAAAUGUAUCAAGUAAUCCUUCUGCAGUAGUUUCAGAGAAUAAAUCAAACAGGCAACCCAGACCUAACAGUGCCUUAAAACCUGCUAGUUUGCAUUCUGGAGUGGGAAGGACAUCGAGUGGGCACGUUUCUAGGGUUGCUUCUCUAACGCAAAAAUUUGAACAACAAGCAAAUAUCCAUAAGAAUACAUGAAAAUAAAACCCAUCUGUAUAUAUUCUAUUAAUGUCAUAUUUAUGUUAUACACACAAAUUUAUUUUCAAGGAAGAUUUUUAAUAUGCAGCAGAUGCUUGUUAUGCUAUAUAACAUCUUAAAAAUCUGCAUAAAAACUCUAAUUACAAAAAGAAAAGAUACUUCUGUAAAUACAGUUCCAAUCAUGCAACUUUCAUUAAUGUAUUUUUAUUUUAUUGCCAAAUUUAACAGCACAGUUGCAUGCUAUGGACUUUUUGUAAAUGUGUAAUAUAUAUUUGGUUGUGAAAUAUUUUAUUCUAUAUUUACAUACAUUAUAUGUUGAUUUGUGGACAUUUUUCUAGUCUUUCAGUGAUCAGUCUAUACACAAAAAAUAUUUACAAAUGUUAAUAGUCAUUUCUUAGUUAAGACAAGAAUUGAGAUUCAAAUUAUUUUACAGUAUUUAAUUGAAGCUGCAUCACUAAAUUUAAUUUAUUAAUUUAAAACUAAUAGUGAUGAUAUAAAUAUGAUUCUUGAAACAUGAAAACAUUUAAAUUGAAGAAAAGUUUAGUAUGCCCAAAUGAAUUUUACAGACCAAAUAAAUUUCCAUAUUUUUUUUUAAAAUCCUAAUUAGGAUCUGUAAGAUUAGUUAUUCAUCUGUAUUAAAUGUAAAAUGAAACACUGUAUAUAAAAUAUUAAAUGUGGUGUAAAAAAAAAGAUAUAUAUAUAUAUAUUGAUAACAACACAAGAGUCUUCCAGUUGUCUUUAGUAUCAAUAUUUUUAUAACAAACAUUCAAAGUUAGUCUGAUCAUGCUUAAGAAAAUUUAAUUUAUUCUCAAAUGUGUGUUAAUUUUACAAGUGAAUGGCAUUUUUAUGUAUUAUUUUUGAAUUAAUAGGAUUUAAUAGAAAUAAAAUUAUACAU